AUGGAAGUGUGCAGACAACUCCGAGGCACCUGCAACAUAGGUCAAGCCUCUUACAAAAACUGGAAGCUGCCGGGCGUCUCGCGAGACUUGAACACCAGCGAGGUCGGCGCCGAGAACGGGGCGGCUCGAGUCCGACUGGGCAAGGGGGAGAAGCUAGUGAGCUGCGAGGAGGCGCACGCGCCUCACCACGUCACCCACCGCAAGGACUGGCUAUCACUGCACACAGGUAACCUGGAUGGGGCGGGCCAGGCUACAGAGCGAACGGUGGAAGAUGUUUUCCUUCGCCAGUUUCUGCUGGGGGUCUUCCCCGGCUGCCUCCCUGACCAGCUUAUUCUAAAGCGCCAGGCUACUCUGGUCCUGAGGUAACUGCCUGUGCACAGGUUCUACUUCCUUGUGGGCUACGGUGAGACUCUGCUGUCCCACUUUUACAAGGGUCCUGUGCAUCUCCAAACUGUGCCCUCAAAGAUUGUGUAUAUCUAG